CCCAUGCGUGAUGUCAUAAUUUUGUUGUUGUGGUGACUUGUAUUGUUAUGGUAUCAUCAGUAACAGUUGUGAUAAUCGCUACACAGGGGACUGUAUACAGUUAGCAGUUGUGUCUAAAGAGACAUUUUUGUCGCAGGAGGUGAAGGUUUGUUUUGUUUAAGAAGACCAUUGAUUUAUUCAUCAUCGGCUAUUGGAUGUCGCAGGAGGUAAUGACGUCAUAUUUACAGAAUUUCGAACCAAAACGCUUUACAUGUUGUUUCAUCUUUUUUUCUUCUUUUUUUUUAUGGCAAUGAAUAUGGAAUGGACUCUUGCAGCAGUUUUGCUGGUUGUCUUUGUGCAUACCAUCAUGCCUGUCACAGCUGGUGGAUCUUGGGGCUCUUGGAGUUUGAUUGUCAGUGGCAUCUGUGAUAUCUAUUGUAAGCGGAGGGUGGUAUCAGUAAGGAUAUGCAAUGACCCCAACUCCUUGCCUGCAGAAAAGAAAUGCUACGGUAGUGACACGAAAGACGUUACAUAUGAUUGCACAAGGGACAAAUGUGUAGCACGCGCCAAAGUAGAGGAAGUAAAGGGAGAUUGGCCGGAAACCUACAGAUUACUACCAUGUUUCGCAUCUAGUUCAACUCUGAAAGCAAUGUUGAUUGGACCAUAUUACACUUAUUAAAAAACCCACACCAAAUAAUAAUAAAUUAAGAGAGAGAGAGAGAGAGAGAGAGAGAGAGAGAGAGAGAGAGAGAGAGAGAGAGAGAGAGAGAGAGAGAGAGAGAGAGAGAGAGAGAAAGAGAGAGAGAGGAAAGAAACCAAUAUUAUGAGAAAGACAGACAGAAUGAGUGACGAAUGUAUAAUCUCAGUCUUUUGGGUGCUAUCGAUCUUGGAUUUCUGUCCAUGUUUUGGGUUAAAAGGCCAAAAGAGGACAGUUUUUAUAUUUCAAAUUUCAAACGUUUGCCACUUGAAGAAUCGAGCCUAGUGCUCAUAAUAUUCUGAGCCAUUAAUGCCAUACAAAUUGUGUGACCUCAUUACAGAUUUCAGUCUA